AUGACAACGCCAGAGAAGAAGCAGUCUCUCGAUUAUCUGCCUGACCAGAUUCCACUGAGUCGUCCAACUACAACGUCAGUCCUCCUCAACGUCAACAACAUGCACCUCCUCGUCGUCGCCGCAGUCCUACUCUCCGCCGUCUUGACGGUCGUCUACAGUCAGACAGGCGGCGCCUUCGGUGGUGGUCUUGGUGGAUAUCUUGGAAUUACCAACACUUCAUGCUGCCAACAGGUGCUGGAUCAUCUCAAUGAUGACCUUGCCGCUGAGCUGGAAAAGGUGCCAAUGGACACUUUCCUCAUCGGGCGAUACUACCAGAUUGACCAGAGACUUAGAGAGUUUUGCAGCCGGUUCCUCAACAGAGAGACCAAAUGAGGAGCUGCUAGGCGUCACCUGACGUCUAUGUUAUCUGCUACGUGGGGCAAUGUAUCUACCUGUUGCAAUAAAGUAUCAAGAUCAACGUCA